AUGAUAAGGUUACUAACACCAACUCUAAGACUUCGUGUCAUACGAAGAGGGCCAAUUAAUAUAAGACCAUUGAGUUCCUCGAGUAUUCUAAGAAUCAAUCCCUUAUUACCAUUCGAUGUGCUUGAAGAAUUAACCUCAGAAGAAUUAGAGGAGAAGAAUGAAAAAUUGAAGAAAGAUAAGAAGAAAUUGAAGAAGAAGUUACAUGAUGCUAAGGAAAAUAAGGUCUAUAAGACAGAAAAUGAUUCUGUUCCUUUGAAUAAAGCUGUGGUUCCAGGAACUCAAGAUUUGGACGUUAAAAAUUCCAAAAGUUCAUCCUCAGGCCAAGUAGGAGCAAACUCCGAAGAUGAAAUUGGUGGUUCAAAUCAAAAAGACAUAAAUGGGAAUGGAAAUGGAGAUGUUAGUUCAGGAAACGGAGGUGUUGGUUCAGGAAAUGGAGGUGAUGGUAACAAACCUCCUCGUGAAGAAGAACAACAAGAAGAGGAAGAACCUGAAGAAGAAGAAGAACCCGAAGAGAGUAGAUUCCAAAAAAUGAUGGGUAGAUUGAGUUCAUUUUUCUUCAAAUGUCUUGAAACUAUUGGUAUUACUUUCAGUUCUGUAGGUAUUUUAGGUGUGGCUGGAUUCCUUUACCAUAAAUUUUACAAUGCCCAUGUAUUGGAUAAAAUUGAUUUAGCAUUUGAUAAAGGAGAUCCAGGGUUCCAAUUAUCAAUCCAUAAGAGAACCAAUAAACACAUAGAGGACGAGAAUUGUGUUGAACAUGAUUUAAGUGCCUAUUGGGUGGAAAGACCUCAACAGAAACUAUUAGACGAUAUUGUUGCUGGUAAAAUCGUGGGUAGAUAUUUUCUUUUGGUCGGGGAAAAAGGUACUGGUAAAACUUCAUUAUUAUUGGAAUCCAUGAAGAAAGUAGAAGGUCAUAAUGUCGCUGUAUUUGAUGCUCAUGCUGAUCCUGAAAUUUUCAGAAUUCGAUUAGGAAGAGCUUUGAAUUAUACUUUUAACGAAGAUUAUAUUGGUUCUUUAUUUAGUAUCAAAGGUCCAAGAGAUACAACCGCUUUAUUGGACAUUGAAAGAGGUUUCAAUAAAGUUGAAGAAUUAGCGUUAAGAAGAGUUCCUUUUCAUGGUAACAAACCAUUGGUUAUCAUCAUUAAUAAUGCACAUUUAAUCAAAGAUAACGAAGAAGGAAUCAAAUUGAUUGAAUUACUCCAACAAAAGGCCGAAUCAUUGAGUGGAUCGGGAUUAGUCACCAUGAUAUUCAACUCUGAUGACUAUUGGGUGUAUGAAAAAUUGAAGAAAUUAGGUACAAGAUUAGAAUUAAUCAAUGUUAGAGACUUUAAUCGUCAUGAAACUGUUAAAGCCCUUCAAUUCAUAAGAGAAAAACAUUUUCCAUCCCAUAUCAAUCCUAAAUUGAAAUUAAAUGAUUCUGAUUGUCAUAAGGUUUAUGAUUUAAUCGGUGGUAGACCUCAACACAUCCUGCAAGUUGCUAGACAUAAAAACAUAUUCAAUGCUUGUCAUGAAAUCAUUGAUAGGGAGAAAACUUGGUUCCUCAAUCAAUGUGGUAUCUUGGGAUUUUCCAUGGAUGAUGAUGUUAUGGAACAUGGUAAGUUCAGUUCUAGUGCUAUGUUAUUAAUGAGAGAAUUCGUGGAGAUGGAUAGAAGCAGAAAGAAUACCUUAAUUUUACAAACCGAUCCCGAAGAAAAGGAUAAGCAUAAAAAUCACGAUCUACCCGAAUUACCACUUUGGAGAGCCCGUCAAAUUAUGACUAGACCGGAUUAUAUUCAAUCAUAUGAUAAUUUAAAUAUCUUUACUAUUGAUUCCGAAUCCAGAGUCCGAGCUGAUUCAAUCCCCAUGAUGAGAGCAUUCCAUGAAAUUGCAUCUCAACCAUACUUUGAUAAAUUAUUGGAGGAUACCAUUGAAAGAGUAGCUGAUAUAGAAUCUUUGAACAGAACAAGAGAAAUCCUUAUUAAGGACUUGAAUCUCGGAAGUAAAUAUCUUAUCAAGAAGAAUGAGGGAAACAUUGAGUUUUCAUUGGAUAAGUCAAAGAAGCAUAAAUUCAAAGUAGGUGAUGAAGAUGAAGAUGAAGAUGAUGAAGACAAUGCAGCUUUUUUGGAAGCUAUUCAUAGGAAAGAAUCCAGACAAUGGUGGAAAAAAAGAAUGCAAAAGUUUAAUUCUAGGGUCACAUCUGAUGGUACUGAAUAUGACAUUGAUAUAAAUAGGAAAACUGACGUUCAGCAGGAAAAUACGAAGAAUUGA